AUGAAGCCCUUUCAGACACAUGAGAUGGAGCUGCGUGUGACUGUUGAUAUGGUGCAUAUGAACGACAGGAAACUUCGGACUUGGCUCUUUCAGCUGGUCUGCCUCUCUGCACAAAAGUCUUCUGAACUGGUCAUUGGAGGUGAUGAAUGUAAUAUACUUUUGGGAAACAUUGCUGUAAAUGAACAUCGUUCCCUUGUAUUCAUGUAUAUCACUAGCAGUUUUCUCUGCGGUGAGACUUUGAUCAGCCAGGAAUGGGUGCUGACUGCUGCACACUGUGACAGGGGAAAUAAGCUCAUAUUCCUUGGUGUGCAUAGCCUAAAGGUAUUAAAUAAGGAUAAGCCGACAAGAAUCACAAAGAAGUUCAUUUGUCCCAAUAGGAAAAAAGAUGACGAAAAGGACGAUAUCAUGUUGAUCAGGCUGGACAGUCCUGUUUACAACAGUACACAUAUCACACCUCUAAGCUUGCCUUCCAACCCUCCCAGUGUGAGCUCAGUUUGCCAUGUUAUGGGAUGGGGCGCAAUCACUCCCUUCGAUGAGACUUAUCCCAAUGUCCCUCAUUGUGCUAACAUUAACCUACUCGAUUAUACGAUGUGUCGAGCAGCUUACCCAGAGUUGCCGGUGAAAGGCAGAACAUUGUGUGCAGGUGUCCUGGAAGGAGGCAAAGAUACAUGUGUGGGUGACUUUGGGGAACCCCUCAUCUGUAAUGGGCAAUUCCAGGGCAUUGUAUCUUGGAGGAGUGAUGUUUGCGGUUACAUACUUGAGCCUGCCCUCUACACCAAGGUCUUCAAUCAUCUUGACUGGAUCCAGAGCAUUAUUGCAGGAAAUACAGCUGCAAAUUGCCCCCUGUGAAAACUUUUGAAAAAGUUAAGAGGAGAAAAUGUAAUGUAUUAGUACAUCUCUUCUAUAUCCCUAGCUAUAUCGAACUAUAUUGGAAUAUAUUCUCAGGCAGUAAGCUUUUUUUAGACUCAAAUAGGACUGCCUUUGGAGCAAUAAAUGCUCAAAAUAGUGUUGCAGGGAUCAUGUCCCAUUUAAUUUCAGUAUCAAACAAUCUCAGUUAAAUGGAGGCCUGUUUUAGGGUGAGGUGCAAACUUUUCUGACUCUAAAAUGGACCAUUCCAAAUAUUUUAACCUCUGAAUAUCUUUCAAUUUCUGUCUACUUCUGGGACAGUGGGGUCCUUGAUGCUCUCUGAGCUUCUCUUCUUGCAGACAUUUCAUUACCCCAGCUAGAUAACAUCAUCAGUGCUGGAAUAUUCUCUUCUAUUGGUACUUCUGUGGCAUUUACAAUAAAUUCAUAUGGAGUCAUGCAGUCACCCCACAAAUGGCAAAUUAAUCUUUUUAUGGAGGAUCAAAAUAUAUAAGUGAAACAAAUAUAAAACCUGAAAUUUAAAACUCAAAUC